AUGAGCUCGACGCUCAGCGACGACAAGUCCCGGGACGGCGAGAGCCCGGGCCAAGAGGGCAUCCGGCUGUCGCAGCGGCUGUCGACGGCCGAGUCCAUCUGGGUGUCGGAGUCGCUCUCAUUGACGCGCGAGGCCGCGUUUGUGGCCGUUGUGUGCAUGGCGCAGUUUUGCACCCAGGCCGCCUACAUGGGCACGCUCGUGCUCCUGCGCACCAUUGGCGAGAGCUUCCACGUCGACUCGCCGCCGCGGCUCGCGUGGCUCGUGGGCGGCUACUCGCUCACGGUGGGCACCUUCAUCCUCUUCUCCGGGCGGCUCGGCGACAUCUUUGGCUACAAGCGCAUGCUGCUGACGGGCCUGGCGUGGUUCUCGCUGUGGUCGCUGGUGGCCGGGCUCAGCGUCUACAGCAGCUACACGCUGGCCGUCUUCAGCCGCGUGCUGCAGGGCAUCGGCCCGGCCAUCUGCCUGCCCAACGCGCUGGCCAUCCUGGGCGCCUCCUACGCGCCGGGCCACCGCAAGGCCAUGGUGUUUGCCUUUUUCGGCGCCGUCGCCCCGAUCGGCGGCGUCGUCGGCGGCCUCUUUGCGUCGCUGCUGACGCUGGCCUGGUGGCCGUGGGCGCUGUGGGCCAUGGCCGCGCGCGCUGGUCGGCGUCGUCGCCCUCGUGCUCUUCAACUUUGCCUGGACCCAGGCGCCCGUCAGCGGCUGGGGCACGCCCGUCGUCGUCGUGCCCCUGGUGCUGGGCCUGCUGCUCUUCGCCGCCUUUGCCGUCGUCGAGUUCCGCCUCAGCCCCAGGCCGCUGCUGCCCCUCGACACGGUCAGCGCCGACGUGGCCUUUGUGCUGGGCGCCGUGGCCUGCGGCUGGGCGUCGUUUGGCGUCUGGACCCUGUACCUGGUGCAGCUGCUGCAGGACGUCCGCGGCCUGUCGCCGCUGCUCACCACGGCCUGGUCCGCCCGCCGUACGUCAUGGCCAUGGCCCUGUCCGCCUUCACCCUCGGCUCCGUCCUGACCGCCACGACCCCCGCCGACCAGGUCUACUGGGGCCAGACGUUUGUGUCCAUGAUUGUCAUGCCCUUUGGCAUGGACAUGAGCUUCCCGGCCGCCACCCUGAUCCUGUCCAACACCGUCCCCAAGCGCCACCAGGGCGUGGGCGCGAGCCUGGUCAACACCGUCGUCAACUACGGCAUCGCCCUGGGCGUGGGAUUCGCCGGCACCGUCGAGGUCCAGGUGCACGGGGACGGAGCCACGCCCGACGCGCAGCUGAGGGGGUUCAGGGGGGCUCUUUAUAUGGGCGUUGGCUUGGCGGGCCUGGGCCUGGCCGUCAGCCUUUUGUUCGUGGCGCGGGAGCGAAUUUGGAAGAGAGGGGGACGCGCGUGA